CUGGAGUGUGGUAACGGCGGCGGCGGGCGGACGCUUCCUGCUCGCGGGCACUUCCGGCGCGGCGGCGAAGCGCACUGAGGAGCGCGGGGGGUCGGCGGGGCGAGGCGAGGCGCACGUGAUCGCUCCAUGUUGGAGAGGAUGAGCUGGACUGGGUGGAGAACUUCCAAAAACUAGGUUCAGUUACUGGAACAAUUUCCUAUUGAAUUAACAUAGCUGUUGACACACCCUGAAUGGAAACAAGACUUCUGCUUAUAUGAAAACAAAGAUGUAGUAUUCAGACCUCAAACGGGAUGAUAUACUUUUAAAGUUCUUUAUUCUUACACAACGAGGAAAAAGAGGAAACGCUUCAGUGAAUGAGGAGUUUUAUGCUUCUAUAGCAUAUUUCUUGAGAAGUGGGUCUUUGAAUGAGGAUGACAAUGGAAGAGAUGAAGAAUGAAGCAGAGACCACUUCUAUGGUUUCCAUGCCACUUUAUGCUGUAAUGUACCCUGUCUUCAAUGAGCUAGAAAGAGUAAAUCUAUCUGCAGCUCAGACACUGAGAGCAGCUUUUAUUAAGGCUGAAAAAGAAAAUCCAGGUCUCACACAGGACAUAAUCAUGAAAAUUCUGGAGAAAAAAAGCGUGGAUGUGAACUUCACAGAAUCUCUUCUGCGUAUGGCAGCUGAUGAUGUAGAAGAAUAUAUGAUUGAAAGACCAGAACCGGAAUUCCAAGACCUGAAUGAAAAGGCACGAGCACUUAAACAGAUUCUUAGCAAGAUUCCUGAUGAGAUAAAUGACAGAGUGAGGUUUCUUCAGACAAUCAAGGACAUCGCGAGUGCAAUAAAGGAACUUCUUGACACAGUAAAUAAUGUCUUCAAGAAAUAUCAAUACCAGAACCGGAGGGCACUUGAGCACCAAAAGAAAGAGUUUGUAAAAUACUCCAAAAGUUUCAGUGAUACUCUGAAAACCUAUUUUAAAGAUGGAAAGGCAAUAAAUGUGUUCAUAAGUGCCAACCGACUAAUUCAUCAAACCAACUUGAUACUCCAGACCUUCAAAACUGUGGCCUGAAAACUGUAUAUGUUGAGUUGUACUUUUCAAUGGUGGAUAGGGUACCUUUAUAUGUAAAUUUUAAAGUUUUGACUGUAUAAAUUAUCAGCCUCCCUUGAAGGGGCCUAAUGCAGGAUUUUGAAUGGGAUUAUUGCCAUCUUACACCAUAUUUUUGUAAAACAUUGUAGCUUAAUCAUAAUCUCACAAUGAAGAUUUUGCAUCACUUUUUGCUAUUAUCAUUCUUUUCAGAAUUAUAAGCCAAAAGAAUUUACGCCUUAAUGUGUCAUUAUGUAACAUUCCUUAUAAGAAUUGUAAAUAUUUGGUGUUCUGUUUCUGACAUUUUAACUUGAAAGCAGAAAAACUGCAAGAUUAUGUAUUUAACAAUAUUGGUGGCAAAUAUUCAAUAAAUAGUUUACAUCUGUUAGACUGUCCUUUUGUAUGUGAACAGAAAUGCUUACUGCAGAAUAUUGAUUAAAUGGAAGAAAUUCAAAUUAUUUGGGUGCUUAAGGCCUUUGGCAGUUUAGAUCAGUAUAAAAGUGAAUUUUUUUUAAAGCUGAGAUUUUGACUGUCAUCCAAUAUUAGACCAGAACACCUGAAAAAUUAUAUUAAAAUAUCUUUGGCAAAAUUAUAAAGAAUGCCAGAAGUGAGGUGUGUAUUUUGUUUUUGAUAGAUAUUAAUCCCACUUUAAUCUUUUGUUGGUGGCAGAUUAGCAGGCUUUGCUCCUAGAAUAUUUCAGGAUUUUGAGUACAGAAUUACUUUUUAAACAUAUGUAUCUGAGUGUGCAGCAAAGGGUCCAAUUCAAUAUUUUGAGACAACAAAUUUUUUAAUUGGUACCCUUUUGGCAGCAGGGGGCCUCUUCUGGGUAACGCCAGUGAUGUUUCUGCUAUGUAUGCCAUAGAAGGCACUUUUUUUAAAUUUAAAUCAUGUGAGACCUAGAUUGUUAAAUUUCACUGUUACGCAGAUGAUGAAGAACUGCUGAUGGACAAAGACUCAAAUCUUACCACUCCAGUUGCAUGGCAAUAUGCCACUUACUCUACUGAAUAUUGCAUGCCCCUUCAAAAUGCAAAUUGAGUUUAUUUCGAAAUACAAAGAAUCUUCAUAGAA